CACAACUUUUUUCAUCCUUUUAAACUUUAUAAUUCAUUCAUAUAUAUCAAUGUUCUUGUACUAGCUAUUGUUCUCUAUAUAUCCACGUAGGUUCUGUUCUGACACAAUAGUUUUUUUUAAAAAAACAUUUCAAAGGUUUAAUUGAAGGAUAUUGCACAUGGGAAGACACUCUUGUUGUUACAAGCAGAAGCUUCGUAAAGGUCUAUGGUCCCCAGAAGAAGAUGAAAAGCUCUUGAAUUAUAUCACCAAACAUGGUCAUGGAUGUUGGAGUUCUGUUCCAAAAUUAGCUGGUUUGCAGAGGUGUGGGAAGAGUUGUAGAUUGAGGUGGAUAAAUUACCUUAGACCUGAUUUGAAAAGAGGAGCAUUCUCACAACAAGAAGAGAAUUCAAUAAUUGAACUUCAUGCAGUCCUUGGGAACAGGUGGUCACAGAUUGCAGCUCAGUUACCAGGAAGAACCGACAAUGAGAUAAAGAAUCUAUGGAAUUCAAGUCUUAAAAAGAAGCUAAGGCAAAAUGGAAUAGACCCAAAUACACACCAACCACUCUCUCAACUUGAAGUUGAGAACAAAGACAAGGAUAACAAGCCAUCUUCAUCUGACAAAAGCAAUAAUCUUUUUCUCUCAAAUUCUAUUACUAUGGAUCCUAAUUAUCCACUUGAAAUUUCUUCCACUUCAAAAAUCAACAACAAUAGAAGCACCAACCAAGAAUUGUUCUUAGAUCACAAUUUGGUUGGAUUAGGAGGAUGUUUCUCUUUUCACCAACUCAAUUAUGGAAUUAACAACAUGGAACUAUCUCCAAAUUCCAACAACAAUUCACUUUGUUUCAUACCAGGUAGUAGUAGUAGUUCUCAAAUGAUGUCAGAACUCAAUUCUUCCACCAUGCUUCAUUCUGUUUUCCAAACUCCAAACACAAAACAUGUUGAUGGGAUUCAGCAACAACAACAAAAUAAUAAUUACUAUGAUCAUGCUCAUCAAGUUGAAGACAUAAAAUGGUGUGAAUAUCUAAAUGCACCAUUUUUUGUUGGAAACAACACAGUGCAGCAUCAAACUACAGCAACAUACAGUGAUAAUAUUAUGAAUAAUGAUGUUAAACAAGAAACAGGAUUCAUAACCGAUGAAUCAAGUAGUAAUACUAAUACAUGGCAACAUCAUAAUCAACAUUUUCAAUUAUCUGCUUCAUCAGAUAUAUAUAGCAAAGAUCUUCUUCAGAGAUUUUCACUGGCUUUUGGACAAACACUUUAAAAAAGAGAGAUGCCGACAUUUUCCAACGUGAAUUUUGGUCAGAAACUUGUCGUCACUUCUGACCGCAGGUGUGUGCUGUAAAUUUCUUUUUUUUCUUUUUAAUUUAUUUAUUUUUCAUCUAAAGUUUUCUACUGAUAUAUUGUAAAUGUGUCUGAUACAAAAAGAAAAAAAAGUUACUAUAUCAGAAAUCAGCAUUAUGUUACAGUAUAAUAUAUUUACAAUUGUUUUCAUCAAUUCAGCUA